AUGAAGAGGUUGGCGGCGGUGUGCCUUGUAACGGUGUGCUACUCGGCGGACGGCGACUUCGAUUACGAGGAGGAAGAGUCAGCAGCGGCAGCGCCCGCGCCGCCACCCGCCAAAGCCAACCACCCCAAGAGCGCCGGCAAACUCGGCGCUCUCCUUUCGCCGAGAAACCGUGGCGCGGGCUCGCUCGCGCCCAGGAAGUCGCCCGUCGCCGCAGCGGCAGCAGCCAGUCCAAAGACAACUACGACUACCGAGGCAACGGCAGAGUUAACCGAAGAAGACUACGAAGAAGGAGCCGAGGGAGAAGAGAAACAUGAAAUCGUCACUACAACCACUGAGGCGCCUAAAAAGAAAGGCCGUGGAGGUGGUGUCAGGCCUUUCAGGUCGAACGAGGAUUUGUUAGCGGCACUCAAGAGGCGUCGAGCACAAGGCCUGUCAAGCAUCACUAAAGAACCCUCGUCAACUCAAGUUCCUACAGAAGCAGGGCCGUCAAAAUCUAAAUCGCAGUCCAGCUCACGAGCAAAAACUAACGAGGUGUCGAAAAGCGCAGGCCGCGCUUCGCCAAGAUUUGGCGGAUCGCGCAGCAAAGCGGCAGUUCAAGAAGAAGCCGAAGAGACGAAAACCGAAGACGUGAAGGCGAAGCCAUACCGAGCACGGGGUUAAGCGUAAUGCCGUCAAUGCACUGUCGAUUUUAAUGCACAAAGGAUAUCAAGCACUCCUGCAUAAGAAACAACGUUGCCGAAGAUUUUCUUGUGCAAGAGCGAAAUAUUAAUUCUACCCCCAUUCAAGCUUGUUGCUUCGUCCUCUUCAACGAAUAUUUCAUAUGUAAGGAGCUUGCAUUUCAUUGUUUAAUGCAUUUUCAAUUUAGUUGCUGGAUGAAAAGACAACUUGCAGAGGCUUUUACUUGAUUAAUACUUUUUUAACAAGCGAACAAGUUGAUUCUGUGCCUACAAGUAUUUUGUAAUCGUUUAAAUGAU